AUGGCCAUGGACCUCCCCAAGUCAGCAGCACCUGCCACAAGGCUUACCGAAUUCAUAUCUCGAUUCCCAGCGCCAGAAGAUGACACGCAGAUGCCGCGGUGGGUAGAUAAAUUCAACGACGUGCUGAUACUCUACAAAUCGAGAACAAGGAACGACCCAUGGGAUGAAGCGACCUGGAACGCUGUGCAGAAAGUGCUCGACAACGUCGCAGACAGAAUCGCUGGCGAGCUGCAAACGUGGGUGAUGGCGAACUUUCCGGAACUUGCCGCUGCUGUUGAGCGUCGAGAGGAGGAAUACGGGCGCACCUUCUCAGCUGUCCACACAGCUCGACCAUUAGCAGAGGAAACGGACAGCCCGGUAUCGCCGCGGAACGAUACGAGCAAUGUAAAAGACGGAGAUCAUACAACUUCGCCAUCGAAUGUGCCGGACAUCAACACCAGUUCUUGGUCACUGGCAGGCGCACGAUCGCACAUGCAUGAUCAGACCGUUGACGAGAGACUCGAAAGGCACAGCCGGAUUACCAGCGAGGGGAACAUCGACGAGAUGGUGAGUAGUGCCUACGGUGCGUAUGAGCGCAAGAAGAAGUGUGACCGCUGUCUCCGCAAGUGGGGAAUCAAGAUUCACUGCCACCUUGAGGAAGGUAGUGUUACGUGCGAGAAAUGUCGGUAUGACGGGCGAACAUGUAUGUGGGACGGCUUCUCCCUGUCCGAUGAGUACUACAAAGGGAAGGCAAGGCCGAAGCUAUCCUUCUCCGGCGUCAACGCAUUCGCGGAGCACAGACGUUCCGUCGAAAUGCAGACCCCAUUUACUGCGAUGGUGCAUGAGCGCGCAGUUGCGCCAACUCCAGCAGAGGUCGUACCGAGCUUGGAAGAUCGCAACGAGGAGGGCGAUGUUCCUACAGCUACUCUCCCUCAUUAUGCGCCGCAGUCGGAUGGAAGCCCCGACGAGGAUGAUGACGCUGCUAUCCUUCGUAGUGUCACUGAGGAGGAGCUCAGCUCGAUUAGGGGAGAAAUAGCGACAGAGGAGGAGAAGGCGACAGAAAUACGAUUCAUCAUAUCGCAGCUGGGCAGGCCUGUCGAAAAAUCCUUCAUCUCUGCGAGCGUCAGAAUGUCGGGUCCUCGACUGAGUCCGACGGAAACAGUCCUUCGUUUCCUCCGGGAGAAUCCUGUGCCAGAGCCUGGGAUUCCGCUCGGCCAUUGGUCAGCGGCUUACGACGAGGUUCUGAAGGCCUACUAUUCGCACUUCGAGCAGGGAAUCCCUGUCGAGCAUGAGCCAGUCCUGGAAGAGGCUUGCACGCAGGCGAUGAUGAAGGUAUAUGAGCGAUCAUCCCCUGAAUUCCUCGCCUGGUUGAAGAGGUCACACCCAUCGCAUACGGCGUUAGCAGCAAAUGAAGGGUCACAGGGACAAGUGACACGAAACGGCUCAUCGAGCACCGGGAGCGUAAGAAAACUCGGCUUAGCUACGCCACAACCCAUAAUGGCACCCAAUGGAGCGCCCGCCAAGGUCGGUCCGCCAAAGGGUGCUCGGCGACGCACUGUAUCGGCGACUCCAGUCACAGCCGACUCCGUCGUGUCGAGGAAAUCAUCAAAGCGAAAAGCUUCUGAGCUGGAUUACGACAUUGUCACAAACGGCGUGAUGCGCUUCCGUUAUCCACUCCGUGCAGCGCCCAUCCUGGAGCUCCCGCGUGUCAACAGUCUUCUGGUGCCGAGUGUCGAUAGGGAACCCACAACCGACACACGCAUCAUGUCGGCGAAGAGGCCGAGAGUAGAGGAGGAGAAGGCACCACUCCCGUCGCUAGAACGGAAAACUCACCUUAUGCGUACCCCGCGUGCGGAUAUAGUCGCUUCCGAGCGCACUCAAGCCUUGGCAUACCCAAUCACAGCCAAAGCGCAACCGGUAGCUGUGAAGGCAGAGAUCCACAGUGGUACCAAGAAUGACCUUUCGUCGGCCGAGGACGGCGGCUACAAUCCGAUUUCUCCCGUCGUACACGAAAACAUGCAGGCUCCAUCGCACGCCGGCGCGUCCACCACUGCACAACAUGCUCCCAACUCGCGUACGCACGGCGUUAACGAUGUGGAGAGGGUGUAUCACAUUGCGGAGGAAGAACUGAAACACGUCAACGCCCGAAUCCAGGUACUUCGCUGGCAGGCCCAAGCCCUCGAGACGCAUCUGGCCAGGAUGGAUUGA